AUGGAUUACGAUGACGAUUUGGGUGGUUAUGAUGAGGACGACUUUAUGGAUGUUGAGGAAGCCAUAGAAGUGCCUGAAAAGAAGAGAAAAAGUAAGUGUUUCCUUGUGGUUCAUGUGUCUAGAUCUAUGUUAUGUCGUUUUAAAGUUUACAAAGUUGUUAUGGACGUAAAAAAUGUGGCAUAAUAGAAGUUUUUUUUUAUUUUAUGUUUUUCCUUAAGGUUUUUGUAAAGUUCGGUCUACCUAUAAUAAGUUAUGUUUUUGAGCCGGAACUCGUAUCUAUGAUCUAUUUUAAGACUUUAAAAGUGUACAUAAUAUAACAACAAUGUUUCAGCAGACGUAACGAAUCUUCUGGACGAAUUGGCAGAAGGAGAUGAGGAAGGUGAACUGAAAAAAGGUCGAGUUGAACCCAAAGUAAAGAAGGCAGGUGGAACUCGUUUAAAUUUCAAAGAAAAAGAUUUAACUGGACCAAAAGGAAUUCGGGAUUUGAUAAAGCGGUUUGAAGGUUAUAAACCACCAACUGGGGGCAAGAAUCCUGUAAGUAUUUUCGGUUUUUUGUUUUCUUUUUAGGUGUUGUAGCAGUAUGUCUUGUUAUUAUAGAAUCUUUUUGAUUCUCACGGUUUGAUACUUGGUUUUGUAACUAAAGUUGAUUUUGUUGUAAAGAACACGUUUAGAGUUUUAAGGCUUUUAAAGCUUCUCUAUUGAGGGGUUUCUACCGACCGUUCUUUUAUGUCUAAAAUAGUGUCGCUGGACUGUGUUGAGUAUAAUAUAACAAUUUCAUUGUUUCAGUACGCAGAUCUCGAAGAUGUAAUGUUGAAAAUGGAGAACUGGGCCCAUGAUCUAUUUCCUAAAAUGUCGUUUUCCGAUUUCUUGUUGAAGGCUGAACAAUUGGGCAGAAAACGAGCUGUUCAUGUAGGUUAACAUAUAUAUAUCUUUUUUACUUUUUUAUAAAUUACAACUUUUUUGCGGUUUUUAAAUCUUAUAAACUUACAUAUCUAAAAGGCUGACAUUUUUUGUUAUUCUAUCAAUAAAAGUUAGAAUCUUAUUUAGAGGAAUCAUUACCUAACUAAAUCUUGACUAAUCAUUUUCAGACUCAUAUGCUAAAGAUUCGUAAUGGAAUGGAGUUUGGACCAGAACAAGAUGAACUUAUAGCACCAGAAUUUGUCGAAGAUAAUGAAGAAAAUGCUGAAAAGAAGGAGAAAUCAAAGAAAAAGGGAAAGGAAUAUGUUCCAAUUCAUUUUUGUUAA